AUGGCUACGUCCUUCCCAAUCCAAAAACUUCCGUAUUUGGUGCUAAACAAGGUUGUUGGGCUUAUGGCUAACAUUGAAAGACUGGCCCUUCUCCUCACUUCCAAGAAAACCGAAUCCCUCGUGCUCUCACUGAAAUUCCCAAAUGAUAAAGUCCAUACGAUAUACUUUGCUGAAGGUAGUUGUGGAUUCAUGGCAAGUAUCCUAGUCAGUGAUCAUGGAGAGAAUGCGACACCGAUUAAAUUUGACUGCUCUCUGAGAAAUGGAGCCGGAAGGAACGAGGAGAUGAAUGCGAUUCAGAAGUGGUGUGACGUCGAAGGUGACUUUAUCAAAAGGGCUCAAACUAUCUAUACCAAGAUUCAAAAGUUGUUCCCAGUCUCUGGUCUGAGUCUGAGACUCAAUUACUUGAGCACUGAGAGUGUGGAGAGGAUUCUCGCCGCUCCGGAAUUCAAUCAUUGGUGGGAGGUGUACACUUCUGGAAAUAUUCAACCGGAUGCCAUCAAACUUAUCAUGGAUCACGCAUCCCCCCAAAGACGUAUAAUUUGCGACAGUGAAGUCAAGUUGCCCAUCGAUUUCUGUCAUCCAAACGCGUUUGCUUUCAAAGUUGCCAAGUAUUUCGUAGCCACCUGGGCAAGUCUCGAUCAGCUUCUCGCUAUCCGAUAUGUUGAUGUGAUAGGAUUGGGACAAACCGGACUUCGAUGCGAUGAUGUUAAUGUCUUGCUCCAUAAAUUUCUGGAGACCGGCUAUCAAAUGUGCAAUGAGCUCGAAAUUUCGGUGACUGGAGGAAUCGAUGUUGAUGCUUUGACGGAAGAUUUGCUUACAUUCAAAGUCGUCAAUGGUGUAUACACCACUUUUUUUUUGUGCACCCCAACCGCGACCAACUCGAAAAUCGCCAAAGUUUUCAUCUCCCCUAACCGCAUCAUUAUUAACAUCGGUGCAAAUGAAGAUGAUUUCCUGGAGGCGCGUCGUUUGUUGACUCUGAUCAGAACGAGAAACAGAAUUCAGGAGGAGAUGAAUGCCGGAGAGAUGAGGCAGAUGGAGAUUGAGCAAGUCGAGAGAGAAAUAAAUGAAGCUGAGCAGGUUCUGAUGGCGGCGAUGGCGGAGUGA